AUGUAUAGGAGCACCUACCUUCGUGAGACCCGAAAGGAGAAAUACGAGCGGGCCGAUGAAUUGCACGGCUCAGGAGAGCUGAGUAGCCUGGGCCAGGCUCAAGGGCUGGAGCAUCUACAGGAACUCAAUGAACGCUUUGCCAAUUAUAUCAACUGGGCCAGGGGGCUGGAGCAACGCAAUGCCAUCUUCCGCAAGCAGCUAGAGACUUUCCAGCGUCUCGAUGAGCUGGCUAGCUUGGAGGAGGCAUUUUCUGAGCAAAUAGAGCUGAACCUUCAGCGAGCAAGGGACCUGGCUAUUGACCGGGCCAAGCUGGAGCGGGAGGACAAGGAUGCCCAACGGGUACUCGAUGAGUUCCGAAAUAAGUUUCAGGAGAAGCUCAUAGCUGAAAGGAGAGUUCCCAUUCUGCAGAGCCAGCUGGAAGAAUAUAAAGGUAUCCUGGCCCAGUUACAGAUGCAGAAAUCCAAGCUACAGGCUGAGACUGUGACACUGGAACAAACUAUUAAACAUACCCAAGAGAGUUACGAUGAUGAGAUUCAACUUUACAAUGAGCAGAUUGAAACUCUGAGGAAAGAGAUUGAAGAUGCAGAAAGAAUGCUGGAAAAAUACACUAAUGACUGCCGCCAGCUGGCAAUAUACCAGCAAUCGCUGGAAAAUGAAUUGGAGCGAUACAAGCGCAUCAUUGAGAACGAAGAUAACAGGCUGAAUUCUGCCAUAGUGGGAACACCGAUCACACUCUUUACCCAGAGCUACCAAGCUUCUUACAAUCUGCCUUCCAGCAGAAAAGAUAUCACCCGAGCUAUGCAGGAUAUAACAACAGUAAAACCAAGACAAAAAGGUCUCCCAAAGAAAGCUUCAAGGAAGAAGGAGAUUACAGCCAAGGACAAAGCAGAUGAAACUUUAGAGAAUCAACCAGCCAAAAAAUCUAUAGAAGGCAAAGACCAAGGGCAACUUCAAGAUGAGCAGCAAUCAAAGCUGGAAGUGAGACCUGGAGAAGCAGGGACCCUAAAACAAGAAUUAGCUCCAGAAGAUGUGCCGGAUGGUGCACGGUUAAGCAAAGCCUUUGGUAAAAUGUGCAACAUUAUUAAAGAGAGAGUAAGAAGUGACAAAGUACCUGAGCCUCAUUCUGAUCUCUACACCAAAGGGCGUUAUGUACUUGUCACAGGAGAUGCCAGCUAUGUAGACCCUGACUUUUGCUCCUCAUCCAUCCCAGCAAAAGGUGGGAUUGUUGUUUCUAUUGACCAGAUGUCUGAAGAAGAUGAUGUAGAGCCAGUACCUGGGCUGCCGGAACCCCCAUGCCCAAAUGGAGAAGAUGACCCUCAGGAGUAUGAUGGAGAAUACAAAAAUCAAGAACAUGCUGGAGAUGUGAAGGAUGAAAGCAAAAACAGAGAUCAGAGGAAAGUGGGAGAAAAAACCGAUGACAUUUCAAAAGAAAAGGAGGCUGUGAAGCCCUGUCCAGUAGUCAUACCUGGUCCAAAUGACCAUUCUGUAGUCCCUUCUCAGAAGAACAAGAAAGAUAAAGCUACUGAGGCAGCAGAUAAAGGGCUACCAGAGAAGGGUCCUCAUGGAUCUAUGACCUAUGAGAAGGUAGAGGUGGUAGAAUCUAUUGAGAAGUUUUCAACUGACCGAAUUCAGACUUAUGAAGAAACAGCAGUGAUUGUAGAAACAAUGAUAGAAAAGACAAACAGGAAGAAACUGGGAGACAAAAGCUCAUAA